AUUUUGCCCGAAUGAUUUUGAGUAAGAGAUUAACAAAUUGUGAAUGCAAAUAGAUUUUCAGCGAGGAAUUGGCAAGAAGUGAGUUUUUCUUAGGACAGUAAAAGGGGAAGCUGUCCAACACUUUCACAUGGAUCCGUUCCCAGUUUUAUUGCUUUUUACUGCCAUGUCGGCCUAUUUUGUAUGGUUCAUAGUCAUGACACGUACCUUGCGGGGUCCACGUGUGUGGCCCAUUGUUGGCAGCCUGCCGGGCCUCAUUGAGAACUGCAGCCGACUGCAUGAUUGGAUUGCUGAGAAUCUCCGCACGUGUGGCGGCACGUACCAGACAUGUAUAUGGGCUGUCCCCCUUCUGGCCCGCAAGCAGGGCCUGGUCACUGUCACCUGUGACCCAAAAAACCUAGAACACAUAUUAAAGGCCCGCUUCGACAAUUAUCCAAAGGGUCCCACGUGGCAAGCUGUCUUUCAUGACCUACUUGGGGAGGGUAUCUUUAACUCUGAUGGUGACACGUGGCUGUUUCAGAGGAAGACAGCUGCCCUUGAGUUCACAACGCGGACCCUCCGACAAGCUAUGGCCAGGUGGGUGAGCCGGGCCAUUAAGCUGAGGUUCUGCCCUAUACUUAGGGCAGCUCAGCUCGAAGGUGAGCCGGUUGAUCUUCAAGAUCUUUUACUCCGGCUCACCUUUGAUAACAUAUGUGGCCUGGCUUUUGGCAAAGACCCAGAGACUUUGUCUUUGGGUCUUCCUGAAAAUAGCUUCGCCACGGCCUUUGAUCGAGCCAGUGAGGCUAGCCUUCAACGCUUCAUCUUACCGGAGACCGUUUGGAGGCUAAAGAAGUGGCUCCACCUCGGCAUGGAGGUUGACCUAAGCCGGAGCCUUAGGGACAUCGACCGCUACCUCUCCGGUGUCAUCAAUGCUAGAAAGGUUGAAUUGCUUAGAAAGCAACAAGGUGGGCCACUACAUGAUGAUUUGCUAUCAAGGUUCAUGAGGAAAAAGGAGUCAUUUUCUGAUUCUUUCCUCCAACAUGUGGCACUCAAUUUCAUCCUAGCGGGCCGCGACACUUCAUCCGUCGCGCUGAGCUGGUUCUUCUGGUUGGUGUCACAAGAUCCAACAGUGGAGGAUAAGAUUGUGCGUGAAAUCUGCACCGUUUUGAUGAAGACGCGCGGGAAUGAUAUGAAUAAGUGGGUGGAUGAGCCGCUUGAGUUUGAUGAGGUGGACCAACUGAUCUACCUCAAGGCCGCCUUAUCGGAGACACUUCGAUUGUAUCCGUCCGUGCCGGAAGACUCAAAGUACGUCGUCGCCGAUGAUGUUCUACCAGAUGGAACAUUCGUCCCAGCAGGGUCCGCCAUUACGUACUCAAUCUACUCAGUGGGCCGGAUGAAGUCUAUUUGGGGUGAAGAUUGUAUGGAAUUCAAGCCAGAGAGAUGGUUAUCGCCCAACGGCAAGCAAUUCAAGUCGCAUGAUACAUACAAGUUUGUGGCAUUCAAUGGUGGCCCACGGAUUUGCCUAGGGAAAGACUUGGCCUACCUACAGAUGAAGUCGAUCGCGGCCACAGUGUUGUUGCGCCACCGGCUCACAUUAGUGCCAGGCCACAGUGUGGAGCAAAAGAUGUCACUAACAUUGUUCAUGAAGCAUGGGCUCAAGGUUAACUUGCACCCAAGAGACCUGGCCCCCAUUGCUGCAACCCUUAGUAAGGGCGACGGUAACUUGCUCGGCAGGGAGCGUGCCACUCUCAUGAUUAACGGCGGUAAUCACACGACCAUGACGAUCAAUGGCCAUAAGCAUGCGACUAAUUAUCAUGAGGUUGAAAUGGUUGCUAGUUUUGCUUAGAUUGUUACAUGGCCUUUUUUGUGUGAAUAUAUUGUGUUAUGAGGUGUUUGAGAUUGUGGGCUGUUUUUGCUCCUUAUUAUAGAAAAGGAUUAGCUGAAAAAUGGUAUGUGCAUGUAA